AUGAAACGAAGAGCGGAUCUGAUUUUAAAGAUGUUAGAGCACAAAAAAGAGGAAGAGGAAAUUAUUAGCUAUAACAAAGAGAAUAUUUCUUCUAAGAUGAAUGUUGCAGAUAAUGAUGGAAAUACAAUUGAAUCACUAAAACGAAAUAGACCUAAUAGUGAUAAACGAGAGCUGACCUGCAAUGCUAUAGAUGUAGAAAAAAAUACUGAAAAUGAUACCUUCGAAGAUGAAACACUUGCCAAGAAUUUUAGGACCCGGAAUUCAUCGACGUCUUCAAGCUCUUCCUCUUCAAGCUCUUCGUCUUCAAGCUCGUCACCUUCAACCACAAAGUUAAGUUCAUCUAACUCGUCGACUUCUAUAGAUCGUUCUGAUAAGAAGCAACAUGCCGCUCCUCCAUUAAGUCCAAACCCGAGUACCAGCAAGGAACAUGCUCCCCGUUGUUCGUCGAGCCCAAAGCCGAGUAACAGCAAGGAACAUGCUCCCCGUUGUUCGUCGAGCCCAAAGCCGAGUAACAGCAAGGAACAUGCUCCCCGUUAUCCGUCGAGCCCAACGCCUUGUACCAGCAAGAAACAUGCUUCCCGUUGCUCACCGGGCCUAUUAGGGCCGAACUAUCAAAUAUCACCUAUUCACACUGAUGAAAGUGAUGUAGACCUCAGCGACUCUGAUCCUACGUUUAGGUUAGAUAGCAAUAAAGGUGAGGAUGCUUCAUCAUCUGAAUCUGUUUCCCAUUCUGCUGCCACUGAAAGUAAUGGCAAAAAGAAAAAAACUAGAAAACGCUUGAGAAAUCCCUCUAAGUGGAUACAGAAUGAAGUUAAACGAUUGAGAAAUGCGGGAAAAGCCUAUCAAUCCCUUUCAAAAACAAAAAAAAAUAUUUCGGAGCGUAGUAUGAAAGAGGGGUGUAAUUGCAAACAGAAAUGUAGUGAAAAAAUAAUGGAUAGUGAACGAUUGAAUUUAUUUAAUAGUUUUUGGAAACUGAAUGAUUUGGAAAUACAGCGUGCGUAUAUUCGCACUUGUAUGAUUCAAAUAAACCCUAGAUACAAAUAUACUAACGCAGAAAAGCCAAGGUUGCCUAAUAACGCCUUGUACUUUACUUUAGAUUCGAAGAAAAUACGAGUUUGUAAGAAUUUUUUCUUAAAUACAUUAGAUAUCAGUGACAGACAAUUGAGAACUGUAAAGAGCAAAACAAACAAUGAAGGCUUUUUAGAACGAGACCAAAGAGGAAAACAUAAUAAUAGAAAACGUGUAAAUCCGACAUUACUACAGAACAUAAGGGACCACAUUAACAACAUACCUAAAAUAGAAUCUCAUUACCUAAGAGCUACAACGGAUGCUAAAGAAUACAUUUCAGAUAGCAAAACAAUACAGGACUUAUGCAAAGAUUUUAAUGAAAAACAAAAAGAAAACAAUAGACCAGAAUGUGAUUAUUGGUUAUACUUAAAUACUUUUAACAAAGAGUUUAAUAUAGGGUUUUUUCAACCUAAGAAAGAUAGAUGUGACGUUUGUUUGGCGUAUGAACUUGCACACGAGACAACAAAACUUGAUUUAAAAUCUGCUUAUGAGAAUCAUCUUGAAGAGAAGAAUUUAUGCCGUCAAGAGAAAAAAAGAGAUAGAGCAAAUAUUGACGACAGUAACAUCUGUGCAGUAUUUGAUUUACAAUCAGUGAUGCUAUGUCCUAGUCCUUCGUAUUUUUAUUACUGUUCGAAGAUAAAUUGUUUAGAUUUUACCAUCACUGAGUUAAAUCCGACACAAAAAGAAAAUAUUAAAGCCUAUGAAAAUGUGUUUUGUUAUUUCUGGGAUGAAACUCAAGGCAACAGAGGAGCAAAUGAAAUUGGUUCAUGUCUAUUUGAAUACUUAAAUACAUUGAGCUCUAAACACCCAGAUAAGAGCCUGAACAUUAUUUUUUAUUCAGACAAUUGUACGGGGCAAAAUAAGAAUAAAGUUAUUGCCAGCCUUUAUUCAUUUGCAGUGAUGCACUUUAAAAAUAUACAAUCCAUAACCCACAAAUAUCUAAUCAAGGGGCAUACGCAUAAUGAAGCCGACAACGUGCACAGUUUGAUAGAAAAAGAAAUUAAAAAGAAUGAAAAAGGUGGUCCUAUUUACACCCCUUAUCAAUAUGUCACAAUUAUCAAAAGCGCGCGGAAAUCCGGAACACCCUUCACCGUUAAGGAAAUGGACUACAAUUGUUUCUAUAACUUGAAACUAUUGCAAGAACAGUGGGCGUAUAACUUUAGUGAGGAUACAGAAAGGAAAAAACUCAUAUGGAAUGAUGUUAAAGUCCUGCAAUUUUGUAAAGAACGACCUUAUUCAUUCAACUACAAAACAUCAUAUUCCCAAACUGCCUUCCAAACACUCAAUAUGCGAAACAAACGGAAGAAAAUGGUAAGCGAUGAAUUAAUCAGUCUUGAAAAAUUAUACGAGCAACCUAUCGCAUUAAAAGAAAAUAAAAAAAGAGAUCUCAAGAAUCUCGUUAAAAAAAAUCAGAUUCCGCACUACUAUGCAACUUUUUACGAUUCAUUAUUUGAGUUGCAAUUUCCUGCCAACGAGAUAGCUGAGCUGGUCCAAGGGUACUCCGCUUGCUGUUGCUGGAAGCCUAGGUUCUUGGUCACAGCCCCACCAGCCAAUGAUCCUGUGGAACUUCUGGGGCUAUUCGCCCCCGAGGGUGACUCUCGCAUCUGA